CAAAGGCCUAUCUUUUUACUCCAAACAGUUGAUCAUAACCACAACAACAAAGACAACAGUGUCCAUAACCAACCUCAAUUGAGAAUAUUUCUCCGAAAUUCUAGAUUUUUCUAUUAUUUAAUCAUUUCAAGAGACUGAUGAUCAUAACAAUUAAAUUAACAUGUUGGAGAAUGAAGAGGAGAAAGUUUUAGACCAAGAUCAAUGGAAAGUAGAAGCACAAGCGAUCAUAAAUGAUGUUAGAAGACAUGUACAAGAUAUAAAAAUAUCAGAGAAACUUUGCAGUACGAAUAAUUCUAUCUAUUUAAAUCUUACAACUCUUGAAGGACUAAAGUUUUGUGUUGAAGUGAGUGGAAAUGGUUUCUCCAUUACUGGAAAUCAACAUGAUUCAGUGAUAAAUACAGACAAUAAAACUUUCGAAACUCCGUACAGUCUGUUGGAUUCUAUAAGUCCCAAAUACAGAGAAUCAUUCGGGAAUGAUUUGAUGAAAAAAUUAAAUAAUCUUAAUGAUAAUUGACUAUUUUAAUUUACCUUCGAAUGCAUAUCAAAUUGUCUUCAUCAUUUGUAAUAUAUAUUUAAUUAUAAUAAAUAAAA